GAGAGGAAUGUGUGAAGAGUAGUAGUUUAGAAGCCUUUUUCUUUCUUUCUUUCUUUCUUUCUUUUACACGGGAUGUUAUGAAAAAUGGAAAUGAAAUUUCACCUCCUUCUGCUCUUCUUCCUCCUUCACCUGUCUUCUGCUUCCUCUUCGUCAUCCCUGCUUGGGAGGGAGAAGAACUUGCCUUCGGGGGUUGGCAUGGCUGGUAGUGCUGGUGCCGAUGAUGAUGACAAAAACAAGAUGGCACUCGGCAGCAACAUUAGUCGGAUUUCACUCUCAAAUUUUAAAGGAUCGACUGCUGGUGAAUCAGGAUAUCAUGGAGGAUCAGCAUCCAAUGGAGAACACGGUGAACAUCAAUCACCAAAUGGACAAGGAGGCUCAGCAGUUAUCCCUAUCUAUGGUGCAGGUGCUGCAAAUCUGCACCGCGGACACCACCAUGGCACAGCCGGCCGAAACCGUAUCUGCAUAGGGCUUUCCCUAUCAUCCACUGCCCUGGCCUUGGCAGUCAUACAACUAUAUAUUUGAUGAUAAAACUGGAAAGUGGAGAUAACAUCAGUAUGUAUAAGAAACAAGUUUUGUUUUGUUCUGUUUUUUUUUUUUUUUUGGUAUAAAAUGUACUAUUCUGUACACCAAAGCAACAGUUGCUGUUACAAUCAAUGUAUGACUGCAGUUUUUAGGAAUAUCCUACUGCUAAGAUUGCAUUGGUAGCUGUAUAAUGCCUUCUAGCCCUCAUGGCACUGCUACAGACAUGGGCAGUGAUCAAGAUUUUGGCUUUGCAAGGCCCAAGACCUUAUUUCUAACAUCAAAAUGAACGUUAUUUACAACCUGCAAAACAGCUUGGAAAUGUAGCCUAUGGACUCUGUUAUUUCUCUCCCUCCAGACAUAAUAAACUGUAGCACUCCAGGCCAGUUUAACAAGGAUACAGUACAGUAUAAGAAACAAGUUAAGUGCAUGUAUAGAUUAAAAGACUAGGUUAGAUUUAUUCAUGGGAAUCUUCCCGGUAACUCAGUGUGGACGCCUUAAUGUAAACUUAAUUGUAUAGGACUUGUGCUGAUAAUGUUAUUUCCUUUUGUUAAAGUUCAAUGAUUAAGUGUU